AUGAAUUAGUCAAGAAGCAAAAGUCUGAGAGUUGAUAUAUCUAGUGGAUAAUCGUAAUUAAAUUAAGAAAUAGUUACUAAAUUAAAAUCUUUGAACCCAAAAUCGUUUGUUACUUAUGAAGUUUUAGAUUUAUUUUUUACUGAAUUAUAGUCAGUAUUAAGAGACAUAUAAAUUAAACAAGAUGAUCUAGAUAGAAUUUUUAUUUACUUCAAAAAAUUUAAUGAAUUUGAAAAUAAGCUUAUUGCUUUAGAAUAACUAAUUAAUCGAAUAGCAUAAGUUUUAAUACCUCUUCAAGAAGAAUUAAUUGAGAAGGUUUCAAAAGGUUAUUAACAAUAAACAAUUGAAAAAUACUUUGAAACCUUUCCAUAAUAAUUAGAUCUUAUAUUAAAUGAUAGAUUUAAUUUUCUUGAGAAUUAAAUCAACUAUUUUUAGAAAUAAUAAAAAAAUAUAGAAGAAAAUAUAAAUGAAGUUUAAAAUCAUGUAUUUAAUCCUUUAUUUUUUAUUUUUAGAUAAAAAAAUAAGGCGAUGAUAUUUUUAUACUAAUAAAAUCUUAUAAGGAGAUAUUAUAAAUUGAUCCUCAAUAUAAAUCAUUAAGAUAAUAAUUAAAUGUUAUUAGUGAAGGAUUAAAUGAUAUUAAAUAACAAUUUUUUUUUUGA